UAGUUACAGUGUUUAUACCGAGUGUCAAGUGAUUAAGGAAAGGGAAGUGAUAGGGGAACAUUUUAUAUUUGAUAAAUACUAGCAAAAUCUAGCUGAUGGGGGAAUGGCUCAUACUGGACGUGUUGUAGGAUACGUUCCUCAGCCCAGUUAUGAUGGACAGAUUGAACCAACAAAAUUACUACGAUUGCGUGUUAUAGGCGGUAGUGGUUUAGCAAAAAAAGAUAUUUUUGGAGCAAGUGAUCCCUAUGUCAAAAUUGAGUUAGUGAAUGUGACAACAAAUGGAAGUGAUGAUGAUGUUGUUGACUGCGUUCUCACCAAAACCAAGAAAAAGACCUUAAAUCCACGAUGGGAUGAAGAAUUUGUAUUUAGAGUGAAGCCAGCAGAACACAAGCUCUUGUUAGAAGUAUUUGAUGAAAAUCGUUUAACCCGGGAUGAUUUCUUGGGUUUGGUUGAACUGCCAUUAAUAAACCUACCACGUGAGGCAGAGAGUAGACAAAUUCCACAUCGACACUACAGACUUCAACCCAGAAGUACUCGAUCACGAGUGAAGGGUCACCUACAGUUGUAUGUAGCUUAUAUUGUUGAUGAUGGAGCUAGCAGCAGUGGAGCUUCUGGAGAACAAACUCCAGAGGAAGCAGCAUGGGAGGUGGUGAGCAUUGACAACAGUAGUGGUCACGAAGAAUCUCCAGCUCAGCCAGUUCUUGUGCCCAACGAUGGCCAGAGUCCAUUACCAGAUGGAUGGGAGGAGCGCCAGGAUGCCAAUGGCCGCACUUACUAUGUGAAUCACAAUGCCCGAACAACACAAUGGGACAGACCAACCAGCUCUCAAGCAAACAAUGAACAGGAGCGGUUUCAACGUAUGGAAUCUGCACAGAAUGAAUUUAGAAAUGAAUUUCGGAGGAGGUUCCACAUUUCAGUGGAUGACAAUGAAGUGUCCAGAGCAGGAGAUAAUUCUGCUAUCUUACAACGGGAAUCACUCAGUGACCGCGAACAGGAACAGGGGGAGGAGGAGAUGGAUGAUGAUGAUGAUGAGGAGGAGGAGGACCAGGAGGAAGAGGGGGAGGAAGAUGAGGAGAAUGGGGAAGAGGGACAAAGCCAGGAGGAAGAGGCACAGCCUCGCUUUGAUGAAGUGGUCUCCGAAGAGAUUCAGGAGUCACAAAACACGGGGGUGCAACAAUCAUCCUCUACAGCAACUUCCCCUGCAACCCCUACCACAAUCAUCAACAACUCUAGUGUCACCAAUAAUGCACCCAAGCCUCAAACCCCGACUCCUACUGGAGUAGAUGAGACUCUGCCUCGCGGCUGGACUAGUCAAGUGGCUCCAAAUGGUCGCGUCUUCUUUAUUGAUCACAUCAACAAACAAACAACAUGGAUAGAUCCCCGAUCAGGCAUGCCAAGUUCUCCUCCUAACCAACGUCACACAAACAACUGGAGACAUGAAGAUGAGCUGGGACCACUACCUGAAGGUUGGGAACAGAGAGUACACACUGAUGGCCGUAUAUUCUUCAUUGAUCAUAAGAACCGCACAACAACAUGGGAAGAUCCACGAUUGCUCAAUCCCGCCAUUGCAGGCAAAGCCAUACCAUAUUCUAGAGAUUACAAGCAGAAAUAUGAAUUCUUCAAAAAUAGACUACCCAAGCCAGCAAAUGUUCCCAACAAGUUUGAUAUCAAGGUGAAGCGAAACAAUAUCCUGGAGGAUUCCUUUGCCAUUAUUAGCCAGGUGUCUCGUGUGGAUCUGUUGAGAACCAAGCUGUGGAUCGAGUUUGAGGGAGAGGUUGGCUUGGAUUACGGAGGUGUUGCUCGAGAAUUCUUCUUCCUCUUAUCAAAGGAGAUGUUCAACCCCUACUAUGGCCUCUUUGAAUACUCUGCUACAGACAACUACACACUGCAGAUCAACCCAUAUUCUGGAAUGUGUAAUGAAGAACAUUUACGAUAUUUCAAAUUCAUUGGUCGUGUGGCUGGUAUGGCUGUUUACCACGGAAAGUUGCUUGAUGCCUUCUUCAUCCGGCCAUUUUAUAAGAUGAUGUUAUCCAAAUCCAUUGAACUUAAGGAUAUGGAAAGCGUUGACUCUGAAUAUUACAAUUCUCUCCUCUGGAUUCAGGAAAAUGACCCAGCAGACUUGGAUUUAACAUUCAGUGUUGAUGAAGAAUCUUUUGGAAGAACGUCUUCACAUAAUCUGAAAGAAAAUGGGGGAGACAUUCCAGUCACAAAUGAAAAUAAGAAUGAAUAUAUUGAAUUAGUAAUUAACUGGCGCUUCGUUCAUCGUAUCCAUAAUCAAAUGGAAGCCUUCCGGGAUGGUUUCAACGACGUGGUACCAGUGUCUCAUAUUAAGAUUUUUGAUGAGAAUGAGCUAGAGCUGCUUAUGUGUGGCAUUGUUUCAAUUGAUGUCAAGGAUUGGCGAGCCAAUACAGUCUACAAGGGAGAGUACCAUCCUAACCAUAUAGUAAUUCAGUGGUUCUGGCGGGUAGUUCUGUCUUUUACAAAUGAAAUGAGAGCUCGUCUGCUACAGUUUGUUACUGGUACUUCGCGUGUUCCCAUGAAUGGGUUUAAGGAACUGUAUGGCAGCAAUGGACCACAGCUGUUUACUAUAGAGAUGUGGGGAGAAACCAAAAACUAUCCUCGUUCUCAUACAUGCUUUAAUCGACUGGAUUUGCCUCCAUACCAGUCAUAUCAUGAACUUCGUGAGAAGCUUAUCAAGGCCAUUGAGGGCACAGUGGGCUUUGCAGGAGUAGAUUAAAUGCAUUUUGAGACUGCUUAAAUAAUGGUUAUUGAGAGAAUAAGCAAUUAGGAGAAUUAGAAGAAAGUGGAAGAACAUAAGGAAAAAUGUAAAUCUUUUGACAUGUAUGAAAUUCAGUGUUACAACAAAGGGAAUAGGUGAAUUUCCCAUGUAAAGCUUUUUUCUUCAACUAAAUUGAUUCCCUUCAACUCUAGGAUAAGAUCAGUGGAACAAUAAAUGAAUUAUUUAGCUUGAUGCAAGAACAUUUACAAGAAUGUCAUGAGAGGACAAUAAUUUUUCUGUUGGCAUACCCAGAAUUCUCAUUUCAGGUCUUGAUAAAAUCUUAACAUCUUCAAGAUUAAUCUACUUCUGUCUCUUGUUAUAUGGUAGUUAGGUAUUUUUCCUUGUUUAUUACAAGGUUAGUGAUCCAUAUUAUAGCAUCUUUCUGAGAAUUGAAUAUUAAUAAUGUACCUAUAUUAUAGCUUUUCAUUGACCUCUGAAUAUCAGUAAGUCAAUAUUUUAUAAACAUUGUUUGUUAUUAAGAUAAAGAACUUUACAUAUUGUGAUAUAAAUGUCAUAUUUAGAUGUUGGGAGCAUGGCUAUAUAAGCUUGUAUUUGUCCUACAGUAUAGUAUAGUUUUGUUCAAAUGUGUUGAUUUUUAUGUGAUUAGUUGUGCAUGUGUGAAUGUAUAUACACUUGGAUGUAUGCAUGCAUUGGUUGCAUGUGCAAUUUUGGGUGUAUGUAUGGGUACAAAUGUUUGUAUAUUAAUUUGCAUUUACAAUGUACAUGCAAGCAUGGGUGCAUGCCUAGUUGCAUCCAUUUGAGUGUGUAUGUGUACAUGUAGGUAUAUCUAUGUGUACACAUACCUUCAGUAUUUGGGUAUGUUUUAUAUGUGUGCAUAUGGAGUUGUGUUUAUAUACUGUAUGCUCAUGUGUACAUACAUCUCAUUAUUGGUGAAAUACACACAUGUUGCAAAUAUGAAAUGUAUGCAUAUAAAAUUCCAUGUGCACAUGGCAGGAGUCCUCUAUAUGCAAAGCUUUGUUAAAUUCUGUGAAUCCUCAAGUUAAUAUGAUUUUUUUUUAUAUACAGCAUUUUCAUUAUAGGAUUUGUAAUUAUCCAUUGAAAAGUGGAGAGCCAUGUUUGAAGCUUUACAAAUGAUCCUUAAAUAUACGGUAAAGAUGUAUGGUGUUAUACAGUAUUUGUGCUUUAUUAAGGUAGAAUUUUUGUUUUUGUUUUCCUUUCCAUUCCUGUUCUUAUUUUAAAUUGUAUAUAAUGACACAAUUUGCAUGUAUACAGUCAAAAGGAAAGCAUUACUGGCUGAGAGAUGUGGACUGAGAAUUCAUAUUAUUCAAAUCAUAAUUAUUUUGCUGUAUAUACUCGAGUGUAUGGCAGGUGGUCAUCUCUUGUUGAGGUCGAUCCCUGACUUUCCAUAAAUUCUUAAUUUUCAUGUCUUGUUGUAUAUGUUAACCCUACUUUUUGAGGGAGAUUUGAAGUACUAUACAGGGUACCAUAUGUUAAUAAAUUUAGAAUGCCUUUCCCAUGAAUAGGAUUUGCUUGUAGGUAUGUACACAUAUAACUGUACAAAACAUUAUACAGUACUUAAUAAUAAAAGAAGUCUAUCAGUCUAAUGUUUCUCUUAAUCAAACUUUAGCCUAACACACAGAUAUACAGAAAAUUUUAAAAUUAAGAGAGAACUUUGGAAACCAACUUCUUGAUAAUGGUUGAGUCAGUGUCUCUAGGUCUGAUGUGCCACGAAGCUUGCUCCAUUAAAAAAAUCUAGUCUUACUAUUCAAUUCUAACAAACUGUUGUGUGAUCAGCUUUAUUUGUAUAUAUCUAAGAAGGAAUAUUAUUACAAAUUUCUGUUUGCCCUUGAUGCACCCAAGCAGUAGGAAUUUAGUGUGUAGUUGGCACACAAUACAUGAAUUUCAGCCCUCUGAAGAAGUUUCAUGAAUAAAUUGAUUCAGUUCUUUUUCCUUUUAGUCUUAAACCCUUGGCCUAUAUUCGAGUAUAUACUGUUUUUUUUUUUUUUUUUUUUUUUUUUUUUUUUUUUUUUUUUUUUUUUAUGAUAGUUAUCAAAUGUAGUUGUAAUUAGUUUUCUCAUAGUUUGUGUGUUUCUUGUCAUAUUGUUAUGGUCAAAAUAAUCAAACAGUUAAAUAAUGACCAGACAAAUAGAUAUUCUUCUAAAUAGUGAAAAUUAUGCUUUAAAGAAUACUUAUAUAUAUAUUGUAAAAAAUAUGCAUCUUGACAUUACCAUGCCUUGUAUUAACAUAUCUGACAAUUUCUUCAUCUUCAGUCCUAAAAAAAAUAACAUCUCAAUUUGUCAGUAGGUGGAUAUGUUGAAGGAAAACUGACAACAGUUGUGCUUCCUGACAACAUAUCUUCCUUGCAUAUUGGCAGCUUCACAAUCCUUAUGUAUGAGAUUUUCUGCUAAGGCUAGUCCCACUUCCAAACCAUAGAAUUUUGAUAGAUUAGUUAAAAGAUUUCUUUUUUUGAAUAAAUCUCAAAAACUUCCUUAUAAAUGUGGAAUUUCAUUCUAACAAAUUAUUUCUCUUCUUUAUCCACUCAUUAGAAAGGAUCAAAAUCUUUGUUUUAUUUUUUUUUUUGUUAGGAAUAAAAACCAGUGUACCUAGAGAGAAAAAAGGUACGAAAAUACUUAGGGUAAUUUCAUCACUUGUAAUUGAUGGUUGGAGGGGAUCAAGCAGACAUUGUUGUUAUUGUACAGUAUACAUUAUAUCACUCAUCUUGUUUUCAACUUAUCUUUAUCUUUCUGGCACUGUUAAUGUUCUUUAAAUAAAUAUAUGAUAUACUUAAACUAUUUCCAAUAGUUGAACUUAUAAUUUUAUUAAAUUUUAUUUUUUAAACAUACCCUGAUGACUUGUUAAACUAAAGUUAUGAAAUUUAAGUACUGUAUAUGGAAUAGUCCAACACUUAAAUCAUUGUAACUAUUUAUCACAGCCUGUGGAAUUAAUUGAAACAUGAACUUAUUACAUGCUGUAUUGCAUUUAAUAUACUGUAUAAUUAAAAUUUCUCAACCAAUAACAAAGGAAACUUGUUUUACUCACUUCUUUAUUUGUAAUCCUCUCUUUUAAUCAACUGCUUAUUCUUUCUCUCACUAUUCCUCAAGCACGUGUGUAUGCACACUUACUCUCACCCUGUUCAUUACUUGUCCAAAAAUGCAUAAUUAGUUAUCACUAAACUUUUGCAUGCUUGUGCAUCUUCAUUAGUGUACAAAGUAGUUUAUCCAAAAUGAACAUAAAAUUUUCACAGUCAUUUUUGGUUGCUCUGCUGUGGAUGAUCAAAGGGAUACUCUAUGGCACUUGCUCCAGUGGUAUAUCACUGGGUCAUGGACUGACUUGAGAGGUUUUGAUGGUAUCUGUGUUGACUUUAGAAUACUUUUCUACAGGGAAAGUUUAAUACCUUGGUUUGCAAAAUCAGAUCAUUUGAUGUAUUUUGUCUGGAGGAAUAUCGUUUUCUUUCACUUGCUAUAUCCUCCCAAUUUUGUAUAUAUUAUUAGUGUGUUCAUACACAUUUAUGUAUAAAGGAUUUUAAUAGUUGUAAUAUUAGUUUGUAGUCGGGUGAUUUAAUGUUGGCACCUCGGAGUUGAUUGUGGCUGGUUGUAUCUAUCCAUAAUGUUUGCAGUGCUCUUGAGUAUAAAUAAGAAACAUUAAAGUUGGCCUUACUUUGUCAUUAAUGUUAUAUAUUAAUAUAACCCAUCUUGCAUUAGAAAAUACCGAUCAGAGGCUCAUUAUUUAAGUGGAUGCAUCAUAUGGAAUUUUAAGACAUAUACACAUGCACCUGAAGGGAACCUAUAGCUGUAAAAUUUAAGGUUGGUUAGUUUUUCCUCAGUCUAUACUAUGAAAAUAUUUAUUUUUCUUGUUCCAGCAGUUCAUUUUCUAUUAGAUAAUGUAGUUGUCUUUUUAAUGGGCAUUUAUUAAGAGGAUGCACUCAUGUCAGAUUUUAGUAUAAAGGUUGGCACUGAUCAAACACACUUCUUACUGUAGAUAAAAUGGAGAGAAGUUGUUUCCAUAGUUGUGAUGCUGAGGUUGAUGUAAGUUAUUACAUAAUACCUCUCAGAUAGUACAUUCCAAAUGAUUCUGUCCAUAUUUUAGCAGGGAAGUAAUUAACACUUCUUUUCUUUUAAUUUUAGCUUGAGAUUUAAUAACCAAAUAAAUUUAUUAAGAGCUAGUUUCUGAAACAGUUCACUUAGAUGGCCUUUGAUUUAUUUAUAUCACUAUAUUUUUGAUAACUUGUUCUCUAUGAGAACUUACCAUCCUUGUUGGGGUGGCUACAUGCAUAAUCUUUCCCAAACGUUUAAAAAAUUAUUUAAUUUCUUGAGGGAAAUCCUUGAAACAUUUUAUCAAAAUAUUGUAUAUGGCAAUUUAGUUACAAAUGUUAUGCAGCUGCCGUUUGCUUACAGCAAGGAAAAAAUGUGAGAGAAUAGUGAUUGCCCUCGACAAGUAAAUUAGAAAAGAAGCUUGAAGACAAAGUACACUGGAAAAGGAAAGGAAUAAGAAUGGGACAAAGGUAGGAGAAAGAGUAGACCACAAAGGAGCAUUACAGUGUAAAUAUAGCCAAAGAAAAGAACCAUUGGUGAAGGAAGGGGUAGCCCUUAUACUUACCUUACCACAGUGCUUCCUGGGAUUUUAUCAAAUUAUGUAGUUAAAUUAUGUGGAGUCAAAAUGGUCAGUUUUCCUCAAAAAUUAAUGGCCUCAUCAUUAUGCCAUGGCACUCCACAGCAACAAAUGCUCAUCAAAUGCUUUGAAUCAUAGUGCUGUACUUGAUUGCUGUAUAAUUCAUGUACAGUGUCACAUUUUGUUAUUUGUACCAUUGUACAUCCUGGAGAUGGUUUCAGUCUUAUUUUUUGUGAUGGUAUAGUAGUUAUCAAGUUUAUGCUACGAACUAAUUAAUGUUACUUUAAUGUGCAUUUUUAAUAGUUAAGAGCAAAAUUUAUUGCUGUGCAUACACUGACAUGAUUUCAUCUUCAAAAUGUGGUUAUUCAAGUUAUGAGAGUGGCCAUAAAUGUAUUGAAUCAUUUUCUUACCUUCUGUUAUGCAAUUAUCCCCUACUUAUCUAUAGUGAGAAAUACAAUACAGUGAGAUAUAUACACUGUUUUAUGUACUUUUUACAUAACUAGUUCUUGGAAAUUUUAUAAAACAUUAUUAAAUUAUUUCAGUAAAAAAAAUGACAAUUUAAAAUAGGCCACUAUGUCAGCCAGUCUGUUCAAGAGGCAUGUUAUUAUACAGCUGUGUUAGCUUUUAUUGUGCAGUGAGAGGAUUGAGUUGUAACGAAUUGUGUUAGCUUUAGUCUGUAUUAUGUACUGAAAUAGUGAACUAAUUAUUUGGAAGAUUUUUUUAUUAAAAAUAUGUAUGUAUGCUGGCAAAGAAAGCUCGAUUUUCAUAGGUUUAUUCAGUGAUGUUUAUUAUCAAAUUAAUGUUUUCCAAUUUUUAAGUUUAUAUUUAAUGUGAAUAAUAUUUUUAAUAUUUGGUCUUGGGAAAUCUGUAUGAUAAAUAUAAGAAGACUAUGCCUAAUACAUCAGUUUCAAUUCCUUGCCCAGUAACUGGAUAAUUAUGAGGAGGACAGAAAUGUCUGCCAUUCACUAAUAUUGGCCAGAAUGUUAAUAAAGUUGUUACUAAGCUAAAA